AUGCUCAAGGACCCGCCAGCUCCCGCAGCGGAGGAUGUUGUCAUUCUUGGCCCCGUCAAAUAUUUGGAAACGAACCCCGCCGUAACGUUGGAUGGCAGUGUCCGCUUCGACGACCAGUUCUUUGAGGACAUGCGAGAAAUUAAAGCAAGGUGGAGCGAAAGUGAUCAGGGGGAGAUGCCGCAGGUAACGAUACACGCCGGUGUCAGCGAAGCACUUUCGAAGGUAUUGCAGCCACUGCUCCACGACGCUCUCGUGUUCCUUGCGUGCGCAAUCGACGAAGAAAAAAGCUGCCACGAGUCGGAGAAAAUCAUUUACCAUCCCGGAAAAGACUACCAGCAGAACCAAGGCGAAACUUUCUGGCCAAAAAUAGCCGAAAGAAGAGACUCGCAUCAAGCGGCGCAGCCUCCCCCACCCACCUUGCUUCGGAUAACAGCGCUAGGCGCUCACCAUGUUGUCGAGUGGCAAAGCGAAAGCGGAGACGAGAGCAUUCAAUCGAACGCCAAAACAUGGGGCUGGCGUUAUUCUUACCCGGGGUGGACAUGGCUUGAUAAUGAGCACCGUUUUCAGUAUGAGUAUGGUCGGGGGGAGAGAAUUUUUGUCACGCAUCGCGUGCCGCUAUCUCGUGGCGAAGUGGAGGCCUUGGUCUUUGCGCAAAAGUGGAUUGGGUUUGGCAACCCCGCUAACUAUGAGCUAGCUGGUGGAAUCGCGCCGAAGGUUAUUCGAGGGGCGGUCUCAGUAGUAUCCCAAGUUGGCGCUGGCGACCGGCUCGGCCUCCACUCAUUCGACGACCCUCGUAUAAUGAAUUCAUCGGGGCGUAAGUGCUUCAACUGUCAGUCCCUAGCCUAUUUCACGGAAAAUCUGGUGGUUCCGCCACUGUACUACAACUUCGUUGCGAGGGGAAGCGCAAUGGCCCUAUACCGAACGGAUCGCCGCUCGCUCACCUUCUUUAUGAGAGGGUUACUCAGACCCAACGAAAGCUUCGAUCCGGGUGUCUGGGAGGCAAUGCAGAGCAUUUCCAAAAAGGGUGUGCUUGCAGAUUUGGGGCAAGCAGGGUCUGCGCAGGACGCGACGGACCGAGCGCCCGAUGAAACCACGAACAGGGGUCUGUCAUUUUUCCAAACAUUUCUCCUUGCGUAG